UCAUCUCCCCGUCUCCGAUCCAAAUUCACACGCGCACUUGCGGCGGGAGCAGCAGCUUCGGCGGCGGCGCUUCCUUCCCUUCUGCCUCGAUGGAUCCCGCGAGCGGCAGCGCGGGCGCCGAGCUCGACGACGCGGCCGAGUGGCGCACCCGCGCGCCGGGCGGCACGGAGUACAGCUGGUGCCGCGCCGUGCCGGGCGGCACCGGCACCACGCUGCUCGCGCUGCGCCUCGCCCGCGGCGCCGAUGCGGCUGCGGAGGCGGCGCAGGCCGCGCUGCGCUCCCUCCAGAACGCGCACCCCGUCCUCCGCGCCCGCAUCCGGACCACCCCAUCCGGCCCGACGCUCGCCUUUCCCCCAGCCGCGCCGCCUCCGCCACCGCUGCUCCCGCUCGAGCCGCUCCCCGCGCCGGAGUCCGCGGCCGACUUCCACGCGCUCCUUGAGCACGAGCUCAACCGCAACCCGUGGGCCGACCCCGAGUCCUCCGACGACGCCCCGGUGCUCUUCGCCACGCUCUACGAGCUCCCACCCGCCACGGGCGGCGCGGCGCUCUUCGUCCGGAUCCACACGACCGCGUGCGACCGCUCGGCGGCGAACGCGCUGGCGAGGGAGCUCGUGGCGCUGCUGGGCGGCGGGGAGGAGGGUGAGGGGGAGCGCGUCCCGGAGGACGCGGCGGCGGCGGCCGCGCUGGAGCAGAGGAUCCCGCAGCGGGACACCUGGAAGCCGUUCUGGGCGCGCGGGCUGGACAUGGUUGGCUACUCCAUCAACGGGCUGCGGACGUCCACGCUGCCGUUCGUGGAGACCGGCACGGAGAGGUCGACGCAGAUGCUGCGGCUCGGGCUCGGCCGCGACGAGACGACGAGGCUGCUCGAUGCGUGCAGGGAGAACGGGGUGAGGCUUUGCUCCGCCAUGGCCGCCGCGACGAUGCUCGCCGCGCGGCAGUCGAAGCAGCUGGAGAGCGGCCAGCAGGAGACGUACUCCGUCGUGACCCUCAUCAACUGCCGCAAGUUUCUUGAGCCGGCCUUGGACGAUCACAACGUUGGGUUCUUCUACUCUGCAAUCACCAACACGCACGCGAUCCACGGCGAGGAAGGGCUGUGGGAGCUCGCCAAGAGGUGCCACGACUCGUACACGAACGCCAAGGCCGGCAAGAAGCACCUCACCGACAUCAGCGACCUCAACUUCCUGAUGUGCCGGGCCAUCGAGAACCCCCAGCUGACGACGGCCGGGGCGCUCCGGACGGCGCUCGUCUCCGUGUUCGAGGAGCCCGUGGCCGCCGACGUGACAAAGCUGCGGAGCAAGGCCGGCGUGGAGGACUGCAUCUGCUGCGCCACCGUGCACGGCAUCGGUCCGUCGAUCGGCGUGUUCGACUCGAUUAGGGACGGGCGGCUGGAGUGCGCGUGCAUGUACCCUUCUCCUCUGCACUCUAGGAAGCAGAUCCAGGAGAUCUUUGGCAAGGUGAAGGAGAUUCUGCACCUUGCAAGUGAUGAAAACUUUGAAGACUGCAGCUAGUGCAUUUCGAGAGCUUAUGGGCCACUUCGGUAAAAAUGUUGGUCUAUUAUGAGACAUUAUUUCCAGGUGAGAUUGUGAGUAGAAUCUGAAAAGUGAACAGGCAUCACUUCAUGCCUUGUGCUAGCCUUGUAUUCUUUUGAUUCGCGAUGUCAAUAAAUAUGCUCAAGUGCAGGUUGUAAUCUAGUAAACUUGUCGCUGAGUCUACUACAAAAGACUAUAAUAUGUAUCGUGUCUGAAACAAAUGCCAGAUAUCAAUUCCUCAUUA